UCAAUACAAAGUUUGCCAAGUUUGUUUAUCAAUAAUAAUAAUUUAAUAAUAUUAUUUAGUGUUAUAUAUUUAUAAACAACAUAUGUAAUUGACAGUUACAGCAAAAAACAUGUCAAUUAAAUUAAGGAUUUGUGUUGUAAGAAAUUUUUUAAAACAACAACAAAUAAUUAUAAAAAAUAUCAAAAGAUAUCAAAGUUCAAUUGAUAGAAGUAAAAAACUUCAUCCAGAUAUAAUAUUAAAUGAAAAAACAAGAAAUGAAUUUAUUGAAAGAUUAAAAAAUUUUAAAUCAAUAAAAACAAUAACAAAUAAUGAGCCAAAAAUAGCUGCUGUAUUAGUGCCAUUAUGUAUUUACAAAGGUGAAUUGGGCUUAUUAUAUACACUUAGAUCAAAAAAAUUGAGUUUAAAUGGAGGACAAGUAUCAUUUCCAGGUGGUAUGAGAGAUAAUAAUGAUAAAAAUAUUGAAGAAACAGCAUUACGAGAAACAUGGGAAGAAUUAAAUAUUCCAAUGAAUAAUAUUGAUAUUUGGACAAAGGGUAAUUCAAUAUGUAGAAAACAUGUUAUAGUAACACCUGUUUUUGGUUUUAUUGGUAAUAUUGAACCUGAUAAAUUAAAUAUUAAUCAAGAAGAAGUUGAUGAAGCAUUUGUUGUCAGUCUUGAUAGACUAUGUAAUGAUAAAUAUAUGGGUUUUACUCUGUAUGGUGAUAAUCAAUAUAAAUUACCAACUUUUGAAGGACAUAAACAUCAUAUUUGGGGACUAACUGCUAUUAUAACACACAUUAUUAUGACUGCACUUGUACCUGAUGUUUAUAAACAUAAAAUACAAUUUUUAUCAAAUAAUGAAAAUUCAAUUAAACCAUCAUGAAAUAAGUAUAAUAUUUUUAUUAUUAAUUUUGUUAAUUAUCAUUUUUGCAUAAGCUACAUCAAAAUGUAAUAUAUAUUUUUUAUUAUAAAGAGAAUCCAGUUUAUAUAUUAUUUAAGUACCUCAGUGAGGAUGAUGUUCACUUUUGUUUUUCAACUGUAUAUUUAUUAUUUUUUUUUUUUUUACUACUGCAAUAUGACUUUUAAGGGCUUCUGCCUGAUACCGGUUUUAUGAAGAAGUUGCCAAUAAAUAAUUAUGCAUGUCUUGAAUAAUGCUGAAGUUAUUUAUUUAAAAAAUAUAUAAGUUAAAAUUUUUAUUAAUACAUUUAUAUAUUUUACAGGCCUAUUAAUUGUAAAACAAUUAUUUUUUCUAUUGAUCUUUUGAGUAAAUAUUUAAGCUAUUUUAUUUUCUUUUCUUAACAUUUCAAAGCAAAUUUUAAACCUUCUAGGAAAUAUUCACUUGUAUAUCUUUUUUUUACCUGUAUUAUCUACCAUUCUUCAAUUCUUCUUCAUUCGUUCCACUAGCUAAAUCAAAUCUAGUUGCCAAACUAUCAUGUGUUGGUGCUACACACUGUUAAACGUUUGAAGAAUUAUUAUUAUAU